AUGGACUCCCCUGCAGGGUGGAGGGGAGGCUGGGUCCUCCUGGUGUUGCUUUUGGUUUUGCCCCUCCUCAGUGAAGCAUGGGUGUCUCUGGUGAAGAUGAGGCCCCACAUUUCCUCCUGCUCCAAAGUGCAAGAGCAGAUAGCCAACUGUCCCAAGUUCGUCCCUGUGGUGCCCACCUCCCAGCCCAUACCCAGCAAUAUCCCAAAUCGCUCGACGUUUGUGUGUCCGUUCUGCGGGGCCCGGAACCUGGACCAGCAGGAACUGGUGAAGCACUGUAUGGAAAACCACCGAAAUGAUCCCAACAAAGUGGUGUGUCCGGUUUGCUCCGCCAUGCCAUGGGGAGACCCCACCUACAAGAGCUCGAACUUUCUCCAGCAUCUUCUCCACAGACAUAAGUUUUCCUAUGAUACCUUUGUUGACUACAGCAUUGACGAGGAGGCCGCACUCCAAGCAGCUCUUGCACUGUCACUGGCCGAAAACUGA